AAUUCCUGACUGUGCUACCUGGGGAAAUCCAGAACUGGGUACAGAAGCAAUGUCCAGAAAAUGGAGAGGAGGCGGUGACACUGGUGGAAGAUUUAGAAAGAGAGCCUGGAAGACUUGGACAUUCAGAUUCCCAUUUCCUAAACCCAAUGUGGUAUCCAGGUUGAAUCAAGGAGAGCUGAUCUCAGAUCUGCUUAGCUCCAAGGACAAGGAUGUCUCAAAAGGCAACAGCACAGGAGCCAGUCCAUUACCAUCCAAGAGAGAGAGAAUCAGCGGGGUGGAACAGGAUCACUGGGUCUUUGAUGACCAGAAGGUGGUGGGUGUGCACUGGAGCUACAAAGAGACUAGAACACUCCUCGCAAUUCUCAGUCAGACUGAAUUUUAUGGCUGCCACAGGAACAGCCAAGUGUAUGGGGCUAUAGCUGAGAGGCUUCGUGAGUAUGGUUUCCUCCAUAUGUCCCUGGAACAGUGUCGGACCAAGUUUAAAGGCCUUCAGAAGAGCUACAGGAAGGUCAAGAGUGGUCAUCCACCAGAUACCUGCCCCUUCUUUGAAGAGAUGGAAGCCCUGAUGAGUGCCCAGGUCAUUUCAUUGCUCAUUAAUGGCCUAGAAGAGGCCACCUCCCAUCCUGGCCAGGCAGGCAGUGACGCUGAGACUGAAGAGCCAGGGCAGAGGAACUGGCAGCAUGAAGACGGAGAAGAGGCUAUAGCUGAAAGGUCGGACAGUGAUGACCUGGAGGCAACCCCUCAGGACCCUGACAGCCCACCUGCAUCUGUCCUGUUCCGAAGCCCAAGUGGUAAGAAGCUUUUCUUGGGUUUUGGGAUUAGGUUUGAGGAGCAAUGAAACUGGAUGUGGAACCAGCCAUUGUCACUUGCCAGCUUGGCCAUUUUAAUAGGAAGCAAGGUGUUUCUCAACUCUGUAUUGUUUUCUCUUCUGUGAACAAAUCAUGAGAUAAUAGGAAGAGGAUAGAUUCCUUUUUCUCUCUUUUUUAGUGCUUGGAAUCAAACCUGGAGCCUUACACAAUGUUAGGCAAACACUACACCAUCGAGCUACAUCUCAAAUUUCAAUUUUAAUUUUUCAAAGAAAUAUAUCCAAAUAAAGUGUGUUCAAAGGGUUAUUUUUUUUAAAUUAAAAUCCAUUUUCCUGUUUAGGAAAUGAAAAAAAAAGUUUCCCUCACCCUUUUAAAAGGGAAUUUUAAGGGCUGGAGAGAUGGCUCAGCGGUUAAGAGCACUGACUUCUCUUCCAUAGGUCCUGAGUUCAACUCCCAGCAACCACAUGGUGGCUCAUGACCAUCUGUAAUGGAAUCCGAUUCCCUCUUCUGGUGUAUGUGAAGACAGCUACAGUGUAACUCAUACAUAGAAUAAAAUAAAUUUAAAAAAAAUCUAUUAAAAAAAGGGAAUUUUAAAAAUAAAUAAUGGCUGAAAUAAAA